AUGCCGGCCUUUAACGCCCAGGGGCUGGUUGACUGUCUGGGGCGUCGAGACCUCAUGACUCUGCAUAUCCCCGGGGUGGACGAUAAUGGAGGGCGGGGCGCCACCGACGACAACAGCAGGCCGCCGACCUGGGGCGAUAAGGGGAAGCAUCCCCGGGCGUAUAUCCCUCAACCGUCCUCAUCCUCGUCGCCGUCACCUCCGCGACCAAGGCCGACGGCAGGCGGCGCGACGGCAGGCGGUCGAGGCAGCCAGUCUUUGGGAGCAGACUGCGGGGUGGAGGCUGGGACUAGCUCAUGGCGACCUGGGGGCCAGAGUCCAGCCGGCGGCGCGACGGCUGCCGACCGGACCGGCCAGUCUUCGGGAGCAGGCUCCAGGGCGGACACUGGGACUAGCCCACAACGGACGCCCAAGGACUCUGUAGGAGGCCAGAAGUCCCCGGAGCAGCCGAGGCCGUCCCCUGCCCCUGAGCCGAGAGCCCCAGCCGACCCUGAGCCGAGAGCCCCAGCCGGCUCUGAGCCGAGAGCCCUGGCUGACCCUGAGCCAAGAGCCCCAGCUGACCCUGAGCCGAGAGCCCCAGCCAGCUCUGAGCUGAGAGGCCCGACCGGCCCUGCCUCAAGCCCUCAGAGGGAGGUGCAAAUGGCUGCAGGGGAGGUUGUCGCGACAAGGGUGGCACCGGCGCGGUUGCCGUCGGGGUCCCUGAGCGCCUCUGCUGAGAGGGCUGAGAGGGCUCGCAGGGGACCCAGCCCCCGGCCAUCACCUGGCCAGGCCCCAGAACCUCUCCCCGAGGUGCUGGGAAGCGCUCGGGAGGUCAUUGGGCGGCUCGAGGCAGCCGUUGCGGCAGAGUGGGCCGAGCUCGAGAAAGAGCGCGCUGCCUUAGUCAACAAAAGGGGCCGGCUGGAGGAGGUCCGCAGGUUGCUGGAGACCCGUGUGGCCUCGGUUCACAGGGCCUACGAGAAGUCCAUGCAGGAGCUGGCCGUGGAGUGGGAGGCACUGGAGGAGGCCCACGACAAGGCCGUUGCCGCGCAGGAGAAGGCCGACCGCUUGGAGCGGCUCGUGGUGAAGCGCGACCAAGCGUCGAGGAGGUGCGCCGGUGAGCUGGUUGCUCGCGAGAAGCAACUUGCCCGGCGCGAGCAGCAGGUUGCCUCACAGGAGGAAGUAACCAACCAGAGGGAGGAUGCUGUGCGGUCUGCACAGGAGGACCUCUGCUACCAGAACGAUGAUCUUGAGUGCAGUCGCACCGCUGUUCUCCAUCAGGAGGAGCAGGUCGCCCUGCGUGAGAUGGAUGCCGACUUGGCGUCGUCAGCGCUUGCCGCCCGGGAGGAGCAGAUCGCACGGUGCGAGGCAGAUGCUGAUUUGGCAUCGUCAGCACUCGCCGUCCGGGAGGGGCAUGUCGCCAACCAGGAGGCCGACCUAGCCACCCGAGAGCAGGCCAUCAAGGCCCGGGCCGAGCAACUGGAGCAGUCCCGGAUCGAGGUGGCUGCCCGACUCGAGGAGGCGCGGGCCGUGAAGGGUGUCCCUGCCAUCACCGCCAACAUCAGUAGCCUCGAGGCUCGAUUGAAGAACGCCGAGGAGGAGCUUGAUGCCGUCCUUCAAGAGCGGACGCAUGUGAAGCUGAUGAUGCGGGAUAUCCUUCGGUGGGCGCGGGACUCCGAGGAGGCAGCCGGGCUCGGGCGUGUGUCUGUGGGUGACCAGGGGCUGGAAAUGGAAACAAUAGGCCACCUCACCCUGGUGUUCUCAGAGAUCGCCUGGCGCCUCGAGGCUCUCUCUGCCGCUGUCCAGGAGUUAGCGACCCGGGAGGGGCGUGCGCUGGCCCAAAGUGUGGCCGAGCACAUUCUCGCCUGCUAUCGCAGCCGAGACCCCACCUUCUCACUGGAGCCCGCUCGACACGGGCUGGUUGAGGCAGAGGAAGUCACCACCCCGGAGGCCAUCCGCGACGUCGCCAUCGAGGUGGCGAAAUCUUUUGUGCAGGAGCCGAGCCCGAGCAGCGACAGUAGCAGCGAAGCAUGCCCUCCUCCUUAG